CCCUCCCCUCUCCCGCAUCAUCGCGGCUGCAUGCAAGCUGGAAACGGCGGGGGCCGCGAGAACCCGCAACGUGGGAGAAGGGAUCCGAAGCAAAGCCGCCACGCUUUGCGCAGCCCACCAGCGUCCAUCCCGCCCCUUUAAAGUCGUCGUCGUCUGCUGCUGCUGCUACCACCACCUUCCCUCCCUCCCCCUCCCCUUUCUAGCGGAAAGAACUACACCCCCCAGCAUGCUUUGCGGGUCUCUCCCUGGGGUUCCGGAUGCUGCUCCUGCCGCUGACAAGCGAAGGUAAGCAGAGAGCUUCGGAGGCAGCCAAGGCAGCGACAGCAGCUCUUAAGGAGCUCGAGCCGAGGGGAGCCUCAGCCAGCUUUUUUUCCUUCCCUCCCCCUUUCUGCGAGCAAAAGCAAAGCGGCAGGAGAGGAGGCGAGAGAAAAGGAGGAGGCGGCGAGCAGGGAGGGAAAUCGCCACCAGCACCAGCUGAGCAGCAGCAGCAAAAGAGAGAGAGAGAGAGAAAGAGGGAGAAACAGUCAAGGGUCUGGUUUGUCUUCGUUUCCUUCGCCCCCCCUCCCACCCAGCAGCAGUAAAGAGAGAAGGGGGUGGAGAGAGUAGGGAGGGAAAAAAAGAGAAAAAGACACAGGGAGCUCGAGAGCGAGCGAGCGCAAAUUCUCCCAGCCUUGCAUAUUUUCCUUCCUACCCCUCCUCCUGGCUUUUUCUUUUGUGUGGCGUGUUUGAAAGGAAGGGAAGGAGGCAAAAGAGACGGAGGAAGAAAGAACGAAAGAAAGGAGGAGAGCGAGCGAGAGUGGGGAGGGGGGAAAGGAGGAGGCGUCGUAGAGUCAUGUCCAGCAGAGUUGCGUGAGGAUAAUGUGAUCGGCCAAAGAGGCGAUGAAUAUGCUGUCGCUGAAGGUUGGCAGUGGCGCCGAAGGGUCGGGCAGUCUCCCCGGCAGCGCGGAGCCCUCUCCUCUGGAGGAAAAAAGUCUCUCCCGAAAGGCAGCCGCCGCCGCCGCCGCCGAAGGGAUCGGAUCCCCACAGCAGCAGCAGGCUGAUGGGAGCUCCAUCGCCUGCCAGCCCAUUGGACUGGAAAACGGAGCCAACCCUCCAGCUGAAUGGUUCCCGCGCAGCCAGGGCCCGGGGCUGCGGCAGCCCAACAACAGCGAGGCGGACGGCAGCGAGAGAAACUUCAGGGUGAACCUCCACUGCAAAUAUGGGCGGCCCAGAGAAUUCAAGUGUAACAGCAGGAACAGCAAAGCAGAAGGUCCAGGUUCCACGUUUGCAGAUGUACAUCCCAGCAACUGUUCUGCCAAGAGGCAUGCCGGUGAAGAAGAAUUUAGGAAGCGCCUGAAAUCACAGGGCCCGUCAGUCCCACCAGCAGGAGGCGCCAUCCGCAGUUCUUCUGAUUACUCCCAAGAGCCAAAGUUAUACCAGGCAGGGCACCCUGGUCAAAAGGUUUCAGCGUGUCUGGCUGAAAAAGCCUUGUCAUUCAGCAUGCUCAGCUUUCCUGAAGGUUCCUGUUCAGCAUUAGGCCGUGAGCACAAGUCUAGCUCACUGCGUCAUGCUGAGACGGCUGACCGGUACAAGAGCUUUCACGCCCAUGGCAGCACCAAGGCAGAGGAUUUGCCGUCGGCCAAUGUUCUGGGCUGCCCUGUUGACACCCGGGGCCUAGAUGAGACAGCCACGCACGACAGAGCUGCCAAGACCUUCUCCAAUGCCACUCUGGCCUCAGGAAGGUGCAACAUUGACAACAUCAUCUCGCUGCUAAAGAGCAAGUGUGGAAAUGGCCGUAUCAACCUCUACCCUGUGGUGCAGCUCAUAGACAUCAUGAAGGACAUCAACCGCCUCUCCCAGGACCUGAAGAGCUGUGGUGUUCACCUGGACUGCAGUGGCCUAGAGCUUAACAGCCACCCACCACUCAACGAGGAAGGCCAGGAUCAGGGCCUGCAGUACAGCUUCUACUCCUCACCCAUGCUUGCCAGCAGCAUCCGUAGCCCCGAGGAGGUAGCAGUGCAGGGCAGCACCAAAGCUGAGCUGCCCAAGCAGACCCGACCCACUGGCAUCUGUGAAGGAGAGUCAGAGGGGGACACUCAGAGUGCCCAGUACCCAGCCACCCAGAGUAGCCCUGCUUUGAAGGCAUCAUCAAGCAGCAUAGAUGAAGCUAGCAGCUCGGAAUCUGAUACCACUGAUUAUCCCGAACUGGCUGAUACAGAUAUCCUGAGCGAACUGGCUUCUUUGGCAUGCCCAGGCCCCCAGUUAAUAGAUCAUCAACAUCUGGAGCCCCACUCCCAGUUGCUGCAAAGCCAGGAGCUAGAUUCAAGGUCCCAGUUAAUUGGUUCACAGUCUCUGGAACACCAGCCUCAGCUAGUAGACUCUAAGUCUUUAGAGCCUCCUCCAGAACCGCUGGCAUUGCAGACGGUGGAGCCACUGCCUGUGCCACUGGGGCUGCAGACUCUGGAGCAUUUGGAGCUGCAGAAUCUGGAGCCCUUGUCUGAAUCACUAUCACUUCAGUCCCUGGAACCCCUUUCAGAGCCACUAGGGCUCCAGUCUUUAGGGACUCUGGACCACCAAUUGCUCGACUCCCAAGCCCAGCUUCUGGAUCCGGAAGCCCAGCUGCUAGGCUCCCUGCCCAAGUUGUUAGACUCCCAGCCCCAGCUAGAGACAGACGAGUCCCUAGGAGCACAUUCGCUGCAACCCAGCUCCCACCUUGGAGGCUGCUCCCUGAGAGGAGUAGUAAGGCGAGGAGGAGGGCGGGGAAGGGAUGAUCACAGGAAAUAUGCUCUACGUAGAACAGAUAAACCAAAGAUGCUCUGCCGCCGGCGGAGAGGUGGCCGGGGCCGGCGGGCAGAGAUUGUAGCUGAGAACAGAGUCCUCCCCAUGGCUGUACCAGUGGAGGUGGUGAUGGCACAACCAGAUGAAGUCAGGAUGCCGGUGACAGCAGAAGUGAUGGAGCCCAUCGUUUCCCCACUGGAACCUGAAGAUGGCCAGAAACCAGCCGCCAACCUGCAGGUCCAAAAACCCAAGUGCCGUGGAGUGCGAAGGAUGGUGGUGAAGAUGGCCAAGAUCCCUGUCUCCCUUGGGAGGAGGAACAAGACGACAUACAAAGUGUCCUCUCUCAACAGCAACUUGAACCUGGAAGGCAAAGAGCUCACAACCUGCAGCUCAUUGGAGCCAACUCCGCUGCUGAAGAUGAAGAACAAUGGUCGUAAUGUGGUGGUGGUCUUUCCUCCAGGUGAAAUGCCUAUUAUCCUGAAGCGCAAGCGGGGGAGACCCCCAAAAAACCUGAUGCUGGGUCCCUGCAAACCCAAGGAACCCACCCCAGAAGUGAAAAAGCGGAGGAGGAGGAAACAGAAACUGGCAUCACCACAGCCCUCCUAUGUCGCCGACACCAAUGAUAGUAAAGCUGACUACUCUGAUGUCCUGGCAAAGCUUGCCUUCCUAAACCGCCAGAGCCAGUGCUCGGCUCGUUGCUCCCCGCCUCGCUGCUGGACCCCAAGUGAGCCAGACUCCAUCCACCAAGCCCCAGACACUCAAAGCAUCUCCCACUUUUUGCACCGGGUCCAAGGUUUCCGCAGACGUGGUGGUAAAGGAGGCGGGUUUGGACGUGGAGGGGGCCACUCUGCCCGGUCACCUCGCUGCUCCUUUAGUGAUUUUUUUGAAGGCAUCGGCAAGAAGAAGAAGGCAGCCCCAGGGGCAGCCAUGCAUGCUGACCCUGUUCACCCACGAAAAAGGGGCCGGCCAGAGCCCGACUCCAUGGAGAAGCCGAAGAGGAAGAGGCGGUCCCGCAAGAAUGGGGCGCUGUUUCCUGAGCAAAACCUUGGCCAGAACUUCAGUGAUGGGACCUCCGAGUGGGGCGGAGACAAAGAAAGUCUUUGGAUGUCCCAUCAUGGACACCUCUCCAGCCAAGCCAACAGGAACUGCAGUUACCAAGACUCUCGGACCUUCCACUCUUCAACGCUGGAGUCAAGUUCAUCCAGUAGGACUGGUUUUUAUGGUGGGAGCAACCCAUCAUCACAGUCCGAGCUAAGCCAGGAGAGACAGAGCCUCUUCACAGGCUAUUUCCGCUCCCUGCUGGAUUCAGAUGAUUCCUCUGACUUGCUAGACUUUGCCCUCUCAAAUACACGCUCUGAGUCACGGAAAUCUGCUCCUUCGUACACAGCUCCUCCUAAUGCCAUCGCUACACAGAGGGGCAUGGCAUCUUACCCAAGCAGAGGGGGUAAAGUCACGCCCUCCUCCACCACCACUACUGCUACUACUGAGGCACCCUUUCACACAGCCAUGACAAGCCGGCAGUCGUUCCCUCCCAGCCGAUCAGCGGGAUACAGCCUUUCUCAGGCUGCUUCGGAAUGCCGCAGCACAGAUGCCUUUCAGAAGCUGGCGCCUCUCUCAGCUGUCUCCAGGUCACCCACCGCCCACUCCACAGCAGCCUCCAGCUAUGCACAGUACGGCAACUUCAGCAACAGUGGUGGGCAGAGCGUGACCCCUUCUAGCUUGUUCCAGCAAGGGAAGCCAUACCAUGCCACACAGGACUGCCCCAACAACAAAGACUGCAGCUUCACGUAUGGCAGUGGCAACAGCUUGCCCUCAUCACCGAGCAGUGCCCAUAGUGCCAGCUAUGCCCAGCAGACUUCGGGGCCCAGCUUGCCAUUGAAUAAGGCCUCCUUCUUCAACAGCUCGGAUCCCAGCCAGUUCUCCAGCUCCUCCCACACGCCCAUGAGGUGCGACAGCCGGGCAAGCACUGUGUCCCCAGGUGGCUACAUGGUCCCUAAGGGCUCAGUCUCCUUUCAGCCCUCCCCGGAGAACUGCCGGCAGUUUCCCAGUGCCUCCCAGUGGGCUUUCCGGCAAGGCUACAGCAACCUGGACUGGAACUCUGAAACCUUCAGCCAGCUCUACAACCCAGGCUUUGACUGCCAUAUCAACGAACCCAAUGUUAUCCUGGAUAUCUCCAACUACACACCCCAGAAGGCCAAGCAGCAGACCGUCUCUGAGACCUUCUCUGAGUCCUCAUCGGACAGUACCCAGUUCAACCAGCCAGCUGGCUACAGAAGGGCCAACAGCGAGGCUUCGUCUAGUGAGGGCCAGUCCAGUCUCUCUAGCCUGGAGAAGCUGAUGAUGGACUGGAACGAGUCAUCUUCGGCCCCAGGUUACAACUGGAACCAGAGUGUCUUAUUUCAGAGCAGCUCCAAGCCGGGACGUGGUAGGCGGAAGAAAGUGGACAUAUUUGAUGCUGCUCACCUGAACUUCUCGACAGGUGCAUACCCCUCCAAGAGGGGCACGGGGGCCAGGCAGCCACGAGGCUCCCGAGGUGCCUGUGCCUCCAAGAAAGAGAGAGGCACUGGCAAGACCAAGUUCCCUACCAAAUCCCAGCAAGUGAACCCCAUGUUUCAAGACAGUACAGAUUUGGGCCUGGACUACUACAGUGGAGACAGCAGCAUGUCCCCACUGCCCUCCCAGUCGCGGGGCUUUGGGCUCAGCGAAAGGGACCCAUGUGACUUUGCUGGGCCCUAUUCCAUGAACCCCUCCACCCCUUCGGACGGCACCUUUGGGCAAGGCUUCCAGAGUGACUCCCCUGGCCUAGGGCAGGCAGACCUGGACAGCAAGCAUUUCCCUGCCCUGCCCCACCAGCUUGCUGCCCCACCCCCUCAGCAGACUGUGUUUGAAGCAAGCUUACAGAAAGCCUUCUCACCCAACUGCUCCCCAACCCUGGCCUUCAAAGAGGACUUGAGGCCCAGCGACAUCCGCAAGCUCCCAGCCUGCGACUCGCUCAAACACAGCAUGCAAGGGGCUGGUGGCAUGCCCCACCCAGCCACGCACAUGUCUUGCCGGGACCUGCCCAUGUCCCAGCCACACUACGACUCGCCCAGCUGCAAAAACCCCAACUAUUGGUACUCCCCCACCUCCAGCACCCGCAGCCCUCCCUACGACAACAAAGCCGGGGUUGGGAUGCUAGUGGACUUCAUGGGGAGAAGCCCAGAUGUCUCCUGCCUCAACCCCCACCUGACCAGCCCCCCCAACACCAACCCUUCCAAGAGCGAGAAGGAGCCUAUGGACAUGGCAAGGGCCCACCACCGAGGGGCCUACAUUUGCCCCUUGAUGAACGACUUGAAUAUCUCCCCAGUCCCAAGAGACUCUAUGCUGCCGCUGCAGGACAACUAUAGGUACCCCAGUUUUGCACCCCAAGGGCACCCCAUCAUGACUGCAGCCCAGAAGAGCGCGUUUUUGGGUCCAAUGCUAGAGCAACAUCCUGAGGACACAUUCACAGUCACCUCAUUGUAGUGUCAUCUGAAGUGCCAACCAGACAACGAGGUUUUGUUUCAGGAGCUACUUUAGCCAGCACUUUUUCUGGAACACUUUUCAAGUUCUGUAUUUAAUGGAAAUCAAAAACUGAUCUUUUUGUUUGUUUGUUGGUUGGUUCUUUUGGGGGGGUUUUCUAAGAAAAAAAUAGAGAGAGAGAAAGGAAAAGAGGGGGAAAGGAGAGAGAUAAACACCCCCUUUUUAAAAAAAGAAAGAAAGAAAAAAGAAAAUAUAUUAAAAAAAUAAAAAUAAAAAACUCGCUUUCUUUGAGAACGGCAUGGAGACGAUUUUUGAACCAGACCAUGUUGUCAGCCCUCCUCUCCUCCCACCCUGCAGUCCAGCAAAAAGACAAUCGAACGAUCACAGCCACUGCCCACGUGGAGUGCGAGAGCCAGGGGAGCACCCGUGAUGCCCAGCACCACCCACCCACAGCAUGCAUACGAGAAACACACCAGAAGGCAAUGGACAACCUACAUGGAUAGCCAUGGGAAGGGGAAAUUUAUUUUUGUUUCUUUUUGGGAGAGGGAAAAGAGAACCGUCUAAUCUGUGAACUCAAAUGAAAACUCAGUAAUGAAGAUUGGAGACUCAGCAUUUUCCUCCUCCUCCUCGUAGCUCUUUUUCUUUUUUCUUCUCAUCUUUCUCUUGUGCAGUUUUUAUUAUUAUAUUAUUAUUAUUUUUCUCCCAGGUUGUUUGUUUGCAUUUUUUUUUAUUAAAAAAGAACAUUUUUGUUGUCGUUGCUUAAUUUCUUUGGAGAGCCCAGAAGAUUUUACAAGUCUGUGAACGGGCCUUGGGGACACCAUCAUCUGCCAUUCCCACAACCAACAGGAAGAUCCUCCCCCGACCACACUGGCUAUGCUCUUGUGACAAACGGAAAUGCACCCUUCUUGGUUCCUCUUGACAUUGCUCCUUCAGGAGGCUGGGUAGAGAGAAGGAGGACUUCCCCCUUGAAGAAUCCUCAUCCACUGAGAAGUCCCAGCAAGAAGACAGAAGCCUCGUGUUGCCUUUCCCUCCCUGCCCCCCUGCCCAACCCCAAUACACACCUGUAUUACUGUGGCCCUCUAUGUUACUGCCUCUCCUGCCUCUCCCUGCUGCCCCCAACCCCAGGUCUGUCACUGAGAUGCUUGUGUCUCCUUUGUUGAGAAGCAAGGUGGGGUGGAGGGUGGGAAAAUGGGGCUUUUCUUUCUGCACAAAACCAGCAAUUGUAAAUACUUUUCAAAAAUAUAUAAAAAAUGAAAAAAAAUACAAAAGAGCAAACACAAUGAAAACACACGAACACACACACACACACAGAGCGCGUUUUCAAAAUCAGAAAUAUAUAUUGAGAGGAGAAGAAGAAGAAAAAAAGGAGUCCAGAGAGAGUCAAAGCAGGAGAGAAGCUAAUUGUGUCAGAUAUGCACUGAGAAAUCUAUUUGCAGAUUGAUUGACAAAAAGUAACAAGAAGCUAUUUAUUGUAUAUAAUGUUUUAUUAUAAAUCGUGUAUUGUAUAUUGCAUCUGUACAUCUGCUGUGGUUUUGUGAUGUGCAAAUUUCAGCAUGGGUUUCCUUGAGGUUUUAAGUUGCUUUUUUAUUGUUUGUUGAGGGGGGCGGGAUUUUUAUUUUUUUGUUUUGUUUUGUUUUUUGGCAGUACGCACCCAAAGAUCCAAAUUUGUAUUUUAAAAAGAAAAGUGGGGAGGUGGGAGAUUAAAGACAAGCAAAUGCACCCUCUUUUGUUAGGGAGAGGGAGGGGAGCAACGGCAUUUUCUGAGUUCUCAUUGGCCACUUGUAAACCGUAUUUCUUCCAUGUGUGCCCCGUUGCGCCAGUGCUGAGCUCAGGGUGUAUGUGUGUGUGCGUGUGAGCGAGUGACUUCUUUUUCCACCUUUGUCCUGCCCUCUCUAUUCCCUCCUUUUCCUGGAUUUGGAAACUUAUGUACAGCUUUGUGGAUUGUGCAAAAACAAAAAAAGAAAGAAACUUAAAAAAAGAGGAAGACCCCCACCCCUGUUCUGUGUUACCCAUUACUGAUCUGAACUGUACGACUAAAUAUACCAGACUUGGUAGUCGACUGGAGACAGAACACACCUGAUUUGUCACCAUAUAAGCUCCUGCUUGCUUGAUUCCUUCCCCAGGCCACGUUGCCUUCAUCCACACCACCCCUCAAAGCCCCUCUUUUUAUUUUGCUUCCCCUCCCCCCUCCCUGUGCCCCAACUGGUCUUUUUGUGUAUUUAGGAAGGAAUUUUUAAUAGACACUUUUUUAUAUUAAAAGAAACCUAUAUAUUGA